GGACUUGUUUUGACCUGCUCCAACCUCAGCCUGUGGAAAGUUCAAGUUUUGGAAAAUAUUUUUCUGAAAGCGGAUUUUACUUGCAAGCGACAACAAGUACUUCAUCUUUGGAUCGUUUGUACUUGUUUUUCAUCUUAACAGCAAAGCCUGAAGAUGGCUCGUCGUGGACCCCGACUCCUCGACAGUCCCCUGGACUUCGCUGCAGACAUCUGGAUCCUGGAUGACAGUCGCCCGAGCACCACCUCUUCUGGUGAAGCACAGGACUCUGAUACCCAGAGUGUCAGUGAAGGUGAGUAUGGUGAGUAUAUCCCUCUCUCACCCUCCCCCGCUUCUGUUGAAGCACAGGACUCUGAUACCCAGAGUGUCAGUGAAGGUGAGUAUGGUGAGUAUAUCCCUCUCUCACCCUCCCCCGCUUCUGUUGAAGCACAGGACUCUGAUACCCAGAGUGUCAGUGAAGGUGAGUAUGGUGAGUAUAUCCCUCUCUCACCCUCCCCCGCUUCUGUUGAAGCACAGGACUCUGAUACCCAGAGUGUCAGUGAAGGUGAGUAUGGUGAGUAUAUCCCUUUCUCACCCUCCCCCGCUUCUGGUGAAGCACAGGACUCUGAAAUCCAGCUCCCUCCCAAUUGGCAGGAUUGGUUUAACCCUUUUGCUUCAGGUGAUGCCCCAUUCGUUAUGCCGUCUUUCAGCCUCGCCAACGACCUACUCUUCCCUCGAGUCGUUGUCCCAGCUGCUCCUCCUUCAGCUGCUCCUUCUUCCCCUGCUCGCUUAUCUACUCCCUCAGCUGCUUCCUCUCCUGCUCCAUCACCUCCUCCCUCAGCUGCUCCUUCUUCCCCUGCUCUCUUAUCUACUCCCUCAGCUGCUUCCUCUCCUGCUCCAUCACCUCCUCCCUCAGCUGCUUCUUCUUCACCUGCUCUCUUAUCUUCUCCCUCAGCUGCUUCCUCUGCUGAUCCCACAGCUUCUCCUUCUCCUUCUCCUUCAACCUCAGCUCUCACCUCCUCAGCAAAGAGAAGCAGAGAAGACAUCUGCACUGAAGAGGUAAGUGCAAAGAGGUGCAAGGUGGUAAGUGACACGUUCGAUGCCCCUUCAACAUCCUCAGGUUCUUUUGGAGUCAGACGUUUCUGGGAGAGGCCUUUUAGCCUUUCACUUGAUGACAGUGACUCUGAUUAGAUUAUGUUAGAACGUGUUUUUAAACUUUAAACGUUUAAGUUGGCUUUUGCGUCUUGCAGUGUUUGUAAGACACUUUCUUGCUUUGAGGACAGCUUCUUGUAAAUAUCUUUUAGUUUUUAAUUAACUUUGUAAUGUUUAAGUUGGCUUUUGCGUCUUGGAGUGUUUGUAAGACACUUUCUUGCUUUGAGGACAGCUUCUUGUAAAUAUCUUUUAGUUUUUAAUUAACUUUGUAAUGUUUAAGUUGGCUUUUGCGUCUUGCAGUGUUUGUAAGACACUUUCUUGCUUUGAGGACAGCUUCUUGUAAAUAUCUUUUAGUUUUUAAUUAACUUUGUAAUGUUUAAGUUGGCUUUUGCGUCUUGCAGGGUUUGUAAGACACUUUCUUGCUUUGAGGACAGCUUCUUGUAAAUAUCUUUUAGUUUUUAAUUAACUUUGUAAUGUUUAAGUUGGCUUUUGCGUCUUGGAGUGUUUGUAAGACACUUUCUUGCUUUGAGGACAGCUUCUUGUAAAUAUCUUUUAGUUUUUAAUUAACUUUGUAAUGUUUAAGUUGGCUUUUGCGUCUUGGAGUGUUUGUAAGACACUUUCUUGCUUUGAGGACAGCUUCUUGUAAAUAUCUUUUAAUUUUUAAUUAAAUUUGUAAUGUUUAACUUAAGCCUUUGUGUUUUGUGAUGUUUGUAAGACAGCUAUCUAAGAAUAUCUGACUUUUAAAGAAUAUUAACUAACACGUGUGAAAUGUAUUGUUUUUUUUCUUAAUAUGUGACAUUGCCUGUGUGACUGAAAGGUAGUUUUUUAGGUAUUGUUACUUCUAUUUUUCUUAAUAUCACAGGUAACUAUUUAAAUGACUUACAUAUUUUUUCUCAAGCUCUAGCUCAACAUGCAGGACAAAGGUAAGUCCGUACUUAAUGUCAACACAAAUAUUUAGAAAAGUUUUAAAAAUGAUGUAGUGAACUGACUGUAGUCUCUUGUUUUUACAUUAGGUAUAGCCUGUGGCUGAGGGAUCAGAGGUGCUUUACACUUGUCCUCUCCCAGCAUUCAGCACUUCAGACACUCAACGUCCAAGACGGAGCUAACAAAGAGAGAUACUCCACCCAGAAGACAGCCUUACCCCAGCCCGAUGAGAAGGAUGGAUGACCAAAUGACAAACUGGAGUGGUGCUGUGUUCCAGCUAUGGAAGCUGAGAGUGGACAGAGCUGCACAGAGGACCAACGAUCCACUCUCUGCACUUCAUACCUGACUGGCCACAGCACCACCCUUCCUCACCCUGGGUGAGGAGGGACCUGACCCCACCUCCACAGAGGGAGUUGUGAACAUGCACUUCUGUGUCGGUGGGUUUAGGAGCCUCCUCACACACACACGGAUGAAGCCUGUCACUGGAAGAUGUCUCCAUUGCAUCAGCAGGACAUAAGCAUUUUUACAAUAUUGCAGUUUGUGAUGUUUUAUACAUGUUGUUAUUGCUUCAUUUCAAACUAGGAGAUAUAAAAUAAACCAGUUUUCAUAAUAUUUUCUGUGCAUUUAGUUGUUUUCUUAAUAAGUUAUUCAGAACAUCAUUGCAACCUGUCAGCUUUUUAUUGAGGAUGUAGAAAGUUGCUGGUGGCCCGAGUGUGUACAGUGGGGUGUUGUGUUUGUCACAUGGUGAAAGUGACCUCAUGGGGAGCAAAAAGAACAACUGAACAAUUUGGGGAUUCACAGACUUUGGUAAUCGUUAAAAAA